AUGGAUCCUCAAAACAGUUGGCCUAGAAGAUCUCCAUACCUGAUGCUGAGUGCCAAGUUGACUCCCACUCGCUAUCUCAUUCCCAAUGGCUAUCAGGCACAAAAAUCUGAACACAAAAAGGGUGUACACUGUGUCUUUCCUGACCUUCAUAUUGAUCCUGAUAUCGGCAUUCCAGGCUAA